AAGGAGGUGAAACAGCUAAAGUUCUGACAGCAGCUCAGCUGAAAGCCUGCAGCAGCAGAAGGAGGUGAAACAGCUAAAGUUCUGACAGCAGCUCAGUCUCCUCCCCUCUUGAAGAGGAGCGUCUCUCCGGACUGACAUACAGGAAGAAGUUCAGUCAGAGGUUUUGGAGCAGAACAGCAGCUSUUUUCUUGCAGAUGAGCUGCAGUGUUUAAACUCUUUUAGCUGUUUUUUUUUCUUUUCAGUCGCAUUCUCGCUGUGGGAGAAAGUUGCAGGAUGAAGCUGAGGCUUGGUGUUUGACGGUAAAACCGUGUGGGUUUCUUCAGCCGAGGAGCAGAGGAGGAGGAGGAGGAGGAGGAGGAGUGUCAUUCGGUCAUAAAUGGAACAGCAGAACAGUUCGGCUCUUCAAUGAGAAUGUCCGAACAGAUGUCCAGUUUUCUCCACAUUGGAGACAUCGUGUCUCUGUACGCGGAGGGAUCUGUGAACGGCUUCAUCAGUACUUUGGGGCUGGUUGAUGACAGAUGUGUGGUUCAGCCCGAUGCCGGCAAUCUCACCAACCCUCCCAAAAAAUUCAGAGACUGCCUCUUCAAGGUGUGUCCCAUGAACAGAUAUUCAGCCCAGAAGCAAUUCUGGAAGGCAAAACAAGGAAAACAAGGAAACAACAACACACAAAGGGAACUGUUUAAAAAGUUACAGCAUGCUGCAGAGUUGGAGCAGAAGCAGAAUGAAACAGAAAAUAAGAAGCUCCUUGGGGAAAUUGUUAAAUACAGUAAUGUCAUUCAGCUGCUCCACAUUAAGAGCAACAAGUACCUGACGGUGAACAAGCGUCUGCCCGCGCUGCUCGAGAAGAACGCCAUGCGGGUUUCUUUGGACCCUGACGGGAACGAGGGCUCCUGGUUCUACAUUCAGCCCUUCUGGAAGCUCCGCACUGAAGGAGACAAUGUGGUGGUCGGAGACCUGGUGGUGCUGAUGCCAGUAAACGCCGGGCAGCCCCUCCACGCCAGUAACAUCGAGCUUUUAGAUAACGUCGGCUGCAAAGAGGUGAAUGCAGUGAACUGUAACACCAGCUGGAAAGUCAACCUGUUCAUGAAGUUCAGUGACUACAGGGAGGACGUUCUGAAGGGGGGAGACGUGGUGAGGCUGUUUCACGCCGAGCAGGAGAAGUUUCUGACCUGCGAUAAGCACAUGAAGAAGCAGCACGUCUUCCUCAGGACGACGCUGCGGCAGUCCGCCACCUCAGCCACCAGCUCCAAGGCCCUGUGGGAGGUGGAGGUCGUGCACUCCGACCCCUGCAGGGGCGGAGCCGGUCAGUGGAACAGCCUUUUCCGAUUCAAGCACUUGGCGACRGGGAACUACCUCGCAGCUGAGGCGAACCAAGAAUUCAAAGACAACACGGAGUCCAAAGGAGAGAAUGAGUCGGAUACUGUGUACUCCAAAAAGAAGCACCAGGCUUCAGAGAAGAUAGCGUUCGUCCUGGUUUCUGUUCCCUAUGGGAAUGACAUCGCCUCCCUGUUCGAGCUGGACGCCACCACUCUGCAGCGGGCUGACUGUCUCGUGCCCAGAAACUCCUAUGUGAGACUCAGGCACCUGUGCACAAACACCUGGGUGACCAGCACCAACCUCCCCAUCGAUACAGAGGAGGACCGCCCGGUCAUGCUGAUGAUAGGCACAUGUCACUCCAAGGAGGAUAAAGAGGCUUUUGCCAUAGUAUCUGUUCCGCUGUCGGAGGUCAGAGACUUGGAUUUUGCCAACGAUGCCAGUAAGGUGUUGGAGUCGACUGUGAGGAAGCUCCAGCACAUCAACAUUACUACGAAUGAACGGAGGUUUGUGACUAAACUGCUGGAAGACCUGGUUUUCUUUGUGUGUGUGGUGCCAAACAACGGACAGGACGUUCUGUCUGUGGUCACCUCCACACCAAACCGCGAGAGGCAGAAACUCAUGAGAGAGCAAAACAUCCUCGCUCAGAUUUUCGGCAUCCUAGAAGCUCCGUUUGCAGAUAAAGGCGAUGGUCCGUUGUUGCGGUUGGAGGAUUUGGGAGAUCAGCGCUACGCUCACUUCAAGUACAUGUUGAGACUUUGCUACAGAGUACUGCGACACUCCCAACAGGACUACCGCAAGAACCAGGAAUAUAUAGCCAAGAAGUUCUCAAUCAUGCAGUCUCAGAUUGGGUAUGAAAUUCUGGCUGAAGACACGAUCACUGCCCUGCUGCACAACAACCGCAAGCUGCUGGAGAAACACAUCACUGCCAAAGAGAUUGAGACGUUUGUCAACCUGCUGAGGCGCAAUAGAGAGCCCAGAUUCCUGGAUUAUCUGUCUGAUCUGUGUGUGUCCAACAAGACCGCCAUCCCAGUCACACAGGAGCUUAUCUGUAAAUUUAUUCUGAACCCCUCCAUCGCAGACAUCCUCAUUCAGACCAAACUAGUGUCAAACAUAGACACCAGUAUAGAUACCUCCAUGCCAGACGAUGGGGACGAGGAGGAGGUUUGGCUCUACUGGAUCGACAGCGACAAGGAGCCUCAUGGUAAAUCCAUUCGCCACCUGGCCCAGGACGCCAAGGGCAACCACAAAGCAGAUGCAGACAUCAUUACCUACUACAGGUAUCAGCUGAACUUGUUUGCUAAAAUGUGUCUGGAUCGUCAGUAUCUGGCCAUCAACCAGAUCACCAGUCAGCUCCCCGUGGAUGUGAUCCUGCGCUGCAUGUUUGACGACAGCCUGCCCUACAACCUCAGAGCUUCCUUCUGCCGCCUCAUGCUGCACAUGCACGUGGACCGCGACCCGCAGGAGGCCGUGGUUCCCAUGCGCUACGCCCGCCUCUGGGACGAGAUUCCUUCCAAGGUCACCAUCAGCGGGUUCGAGUACGACUCCACGAACAGCUUGCGAGAGGAGAUGAAGAAGAAGUUUGCCACCACCAUGGAGUUUGUGGAAGAAUAUCUUCGAGACGUCGUCAGCCAGCCUUUUCCAUUUGAGGAGAAAGAUAAAAAUGAGCUGACGCUGGAGGUGGUGAAUCUGGCUCGACAGAUGGUUUACUUUGGUUUCUACAGCUUCAGCGAGCUGAUGCGCCUCACYCGCACCCUGCUGGCCAUCCUCGACAUCGUCCAGCCUCCGCUCACCUUCAUGAACAAACUCAGCAAGAGUCCAGAGGCCGGCAACAACGUCCUGCGAACCAUUCACGGCGUUGGCGAAAUGAUGACGCAGAUGGUGAUGAGUCGAGGCGUGCCGCACAGCUUGCCCGACACGUCCCCUUCCCUGCGUUACGGGAAAGGACACUUCCUGCCGGACAGCGAGGACGUGAUGGUGAUGGACACCAAGCUGAAGAUCAUCGAGAUCCUGCAGUUCAUCCUGUUCGUGAGGCUGGACUACAGAAUCACGUACUUGUUGUCCAUCUACAAGAAAGAGUUCGGGGAAAAGACGAUGCCUGACAACUCCGUGUCUUUGUCUGAAAUGCCCACAGUUACAUCUUCAGAGCCGGACAUCGACGAGAUUGCAGCAAAGGCAGAGAGCAUGUUUGCUGGAAGCUCUAAUUUAGCCACGGUUGAGUUGGAUGAUGAAGGCGGCCGCACGUUUCUGAGGGUUCUCAUUCAUCUCAUCAUGCAAGAUUACCCGCCGCUGGUGUCCGGAUCGCUGCAGCUCAUCUUCAAACACUUCAGUCAGAGAGCCGAYGUGCUGCAGGCCUUUAAACAGGUCCAGCUUCUUGUAUCGGCGAGCGACGUGGAAAACUACAAGCAGAUCAAGGCCGACUUGGAUCAGCUGCGUCUGACUGUGGAGAAAUCGGAGCUGUGGGUGGAGAAAAGUGGCGGCUAUGUCAGCGAAGACAUGGAGGGCAGACAGAGCAAAGAGCCGACCAUGGAGGAGGUUGUUCUGAGCCCAGUACAGGAUGGGGAAGUUAAACCUCAGAUUGACAGUAACAAGGCAAACAACUAUAACAUAGUUAAAGAGAUCCUCCUGCGCCUCACCAAGUUGUGUAAGCAGUCUAACACUGGUAAGAAGGCUCGAARAGAGCAGAAUCAGAGGUUGUUGAAAAACAUGGGAGCCCAUACGGUGGUGCUGGAGCUGCUGAAGAUCCAGUAUGAGCAGAGUGACAAGAAGAUGGAGGAAAUCAUGAGCCUGGCUCACUACUUCCUGCAAAACUUCUGCAAAGGCAACCCUCAGAAUCAAGUUCUCCUACACAAACACCUGAAUUUCUUUCUUUCCUCCGGGCAGCUCCUGGAGACGAUGGAGACGAUGCGUCACAUCUUCAUGGACAACUAUCAGCUGUGCAACGAGAUCAGCGACCGCGUGGUCCACCACCUCGUCCACAGCAUCGCCACGCAYGGGAAGCACGUUCAGUGCCUCAAGUUCUUGCUCACCAUCGUGAAAGGCGACGGGAAGUACGUGAAGAAAUGUCAGGACAAAGUAAUGACUGAGCUGGUGAACGCCGGCGAGGACGUGCUGGUGUUCUACAACGACCGCUCCUCCUUCUCCAAGCUGGUGGAGAUGAUGGGCUCUGAGGAGGAGCGGGCGAACAAGGACGGAGCGCUGGCCUACCACAACGCGCUCGUGGACCUUCUUGCCGCUUGCACCGAGGGCAAGAACGUCUACACGGAGCUGAAAUGCAACUCUCUGCUGCCGCUGGARGACAUCGUUAAAGUCGUCACUGACUUGAACUGCAUCCCCGAGGUGAAAAUGGCGUAUGUGAACUUUGUGAAUCACUGCUAUGUGGACACAGAGGUGGAAAUGAAAGAGAUCUAUACCUCCCCCCACAUAUGGAGGCUUUUUGACAACUUCUUGGUUGACAUGUCCAGUGUGUGCAACACCACCACCGAUAGGAGUCACGCAGAUUUAUCCCUGGAGAAGUACGUGACGGAAACAAUGAUGGCCAUUAUGAAGGGUUUCUUCAGCUCACCUUUCUCUGUAAACCACUCCAACCUGCAGACAAACCAGUCUCUCUUUAUCAAGCUGCUCCAGUCAGCUUUCAGAGUUUACAACUGCAACUGGCUCAACACGGCUCAGAAGGCCAACGUUGAAAACUGUAUCAAAACACUGGCUGAUGUAGCUAAGACUCGGUCCAUAGCCAUCCCCGUCGACCUGGACAGCCAGGUCAACACUCUGUCUCUUAAAGUCCACAGCAACAUGGUGAAGCGAGCUGUCAAGGACUGGAAGUUCGCUCGUACGCGGCCUCGUAGGGAGUUCACGCCCAGCCACGACUACAUGAUCAUCAUCGAGAAGCUGCAGGGGGUCGUGUCCUUUCUGGAGGACCAGUUCACUCCGAGGGUCCGGGCAGAGUUCUCGGUGCUGGUGGACGUUCUUCACAGCCCCGAGCUGCUGUUUCCAGAGGCGGCGCGCUUACACUGCGAUGGUGGAGCCUUCAUGUCGAAACUAAUCAAACACACCAAGAAGCUGAUAGAAAAAGAGGAAAAGCUGUGCAUAAAGAUCCUGCAGACCCUCAGGGAGAUGCUGGACAAGAAGCAAUCUUUUCAGGAAUCUGAACACGAGCUGAGAAAGAUACUUCUCACUCGCUACUUUGGACAUGAAAAGCUUCUCUCCAAGUCGGAGCUUGGUGGUGGAAGCGGUUCAUCUGGAGUCUUUGUCAAGCCGUCAUCAGGAGGUUCUGCCGUGCUGGACUCUGAUAAGCCGGGCAGCAACGUGGUGGAGAUCCAGUGCCUCCUGGACAGCGUCGGUGCGACAGAGCUGGUCAUCGAUCUCAUCGUCAACACCAAGAACGACCAGGUGUUCGAGGAGAGCAUCCUGCUGGGGAUCGCCCUUCUGCAGGGGGGAAACACGCAGAUACAGAACUCCUUCUACCACCAGCUGCACAAGCAGAAGAACUCGGAGAAGUUCUUCAAGGUUUUCUUCGACCGGAUGAACCUGGCCCAGCAGGAGAUCCGAGCCACCGUGUCCGUCAACAUGUUUGAAGUCGGCUGCAGGAAAAACAACGACUGCGACGUCAGCAGCAGGAGGUCUAGGAAAGGGAAAGACGCAGGCCUUCAAAUGAGAGAGAACAUGCGAGGGCAGCUGAAAGAGGCCUGCUCGGCGACCUCCAAGGCCUUCACUUCCUACAGGAGGGAGGUCGUCUCCGAUCUGGAGGCUCUCGGCCAGAGCAGCGAGAUAUUCGGCACCGAGGAGGUGGCAGAGGAAACGCAGAUGAACCAGACCAUCGCCAUCAUGAAACCAGUCCUCCGGUAUCUCCAGCUGCUUUGCGAAAACCACAACUCGGACCUGCAGAACUUCCUGCGCAAUCAGAGCAACAAGACGAACUACAAUCUGGUGUGUGAGACUCUUCAGUUCCUGGACUGCAUCUGCGGGAGCACCACCGGAGGUCUCGGUUUGUUGGGACUUUACAUCAAUGAGGGGAAUGUGGAUCUGGUGCGCCAAACCCUGGAAACCAUUACAGAGUACUGCCAGGGACCCUGCCACGAGAACCAGACCUGCAUAGCCAAGCAUGAGUCAAACGGCAUCGACAUUAUUAUAGCUCUGAUUGUCAAUCCCAUCUACCCCCUGGGGGAGCAUCGACUGGACCUGGUGCUGGAGCUGAAGAACAAUGCGUCCAAACUUCUGCUGGCCAUCAUGGAGAGCCGCCACGACAGUGAGAACGCAGAAAAGAUUCUCUACAAGAUGAGACCCAUUGAACUGGUGGACGCCAUGAAGGAAGCCUACACCCAAGAUUUGACGACCGAGGACGACGAGGACGGCGUUGGAGAUGAAAUCGCACCAAGAGACGUUGGACACAACAUUUAUAUUCUGGCCCAUCAGUUGGCUCGACACAACAAGUUCCUGCAGCAGAGUUUCCGACCCGGAUUAAGAUCGGGCCUGGAUGCUGAGAAGGACGAAGCUCUUCAUCAUUACGCCAACCACACAGCUCAGAUAGAAAUCGUGCGUCAUGACCGCAGCAUGGAGCAGAUCGUGUUUCCCGUCCCGAACAUCUGCGAGUACCUCACCGAGGAGUCCAAGACGCGUGUGUUCACCACCACCGAGCGAGACGACCAGGGCAGUAAGGUCAACGACUUCUUCCAGCAGUUUGACAACCUCUACAAUGAGAUGAAGUGGCAGAAGAAGAUCCGCAAAAAUAAGGCCCUGUUUUGGUUUUCACGCCAUAUCUCUCUUUGGGGGAGCAUCUCCUUCUACCUGGCCUGUAUCCUCAACACCGUCGUGGCCGUGUUCUACCCCUUUGGGGACGARGAAGACGAGGGCAUCUUGUCCCCGUUCUGGAGUAUCUUACUGUGGGUGGCUCUGGGGGUCUCCACCACCCUACUUCCUGUCCUCCCAAAGCAGUGGGGCAUCGUGUUCUUCUUCGUCUCCCUCCUUUUGCGAGCUAUCUACACAAUGGGCCUGGCCCCUGCUCUGCUGUUGCUCGGUACUAUAAAUCUGUUUAACAAGUUAAUCUAUCUUGUGAGUUUUGUGGGGAACAAGGGAACGUUCACCCGAGGCUACAAAGCAGUUGUGAUGGACAUGUUCUUUYUUUACCAUUUGGCGUACGCCUUCAUCUGCGUCCUGGGCCUCUUUGUUCACGAGUUCUUCUACAGCUUCUUGCUGUUUGACUUGGUGAUCCGAGAAGAGACGCUGCUGAAUGUGAUCAAAAGCGUGACGAGGAACGGCCGCUCCAUAUUUCUGACGGCUAUUCUCGCCAUCUUCCUCGUCUACUUUUUCUCCAUCAUCGGCUUCCUCUUCCUCAAGGACGACUUCCGCAUGGAGGUGGACCGCCUCCCAGSACCAGAAAAACACGACUUGUUGACUAAAGGUGUAAACACAGACUCGUGUUUGAAAGACAGCUGCCCUGACGCACCAGCUACCACCUCACCUCCUGAUGAAGAUGAUGGGAUGGAGCGUGUGUGCGAUACUCUUCGCAUGUGUAUCAUCACUGUGUUGAACCAGGGGUUACGUAAUGGAGGAGGUGUUGGAGAUAUUCUGAGGAAACCCUCUAAAAUGGAACCUCUCUUUGCGGCUCGUGUGGUUUACGACCUUCUCUUCUUCUUCAUCGUCAUCAUCAUCGUGCUCAAUCUGAUCUUCGGCGUGAUCAUCGACACGUUUGCCGACCUGAGGAGCGAGAAGCAGAGGAAGGAGGAGAUUCUUAAAACCACCUGUUUCAUCUGCGGUUUGGAACGGGACAAAUUUGACAACAAGACGGUGUCUUUUGAGGAGCACAUCAAAUCGGAGCACAACAUGUGGCACUACCUUUACUUCCUGGUCCUGGUGAGGGUGAAGGAUCCGACGGAGUACACCGGCCCUGAGAGCUACGUGGCCCAGAUGAUUGCAGAGAAGAACUUGGAGUGGUUCCCUCGUAUGAGAGCCAUGUCUCUGGUGAGCAGCGAGGGCGACGGCGAGCAGAACGAGAUGCGAUCCCUGCAGGAGAAACUGGAGAGCACGGUCACUCUGGUAGCUCAGCUCUCAGGCCAGCUGGCUGAGCUCAAAGAACAGAUGACAGAACAGAGGAAGAACAAGCAGAGGCUUGGAUUUCUGGGUCCUCUUCAGCCCAACCAACAUGUCUCAGCUCACUGAGGGCAGCUGCUGCAGCUGCUGCUGCUGCUGUGCCGGGAAAUAAAAACCAGACACUGAUGCAAAAACAGAGUUUAGCCUUAAGAACAAUUCAUGAUGCUUACUUAGCAUAUGACCAAGAAGUGUUGAUGCAUCUUUCCUUUUUUACACAAUGCCUUUUUUUUAUAUGACACAAACACUGCCUUACUGGAUACUAAAUGUGCACACUUAGCUGCAUGAUGCUGGCGUGCCAGACAGAGGUGCAGACACCAAGUCUUUGCAUGCAGUCGUCCACAGCCAGCCUUUUUUCAUUUCUGUUUAUAUUUAUGGAAAUGUUUCCUGUUCAUAACUGGAGUAUUAUUUUGURGUGUUUUGGAAAUAAACCACGCUGCCUUACUUGUUUUAUACACGGGGCAUUCUAAUGGCUGUAACUAACUGCACUUUUUUUUUUUAAAGGGAAAGGUUAAAGUUGUAACUGGACAUGUUGGUUUGUUUGGGAUAUUAAAUGCUUUGUUCGGUGUUCAGGUUUGCAUUCACUGCAACGUUUCUUUUGCCUUUCACAACUGGAAAUGAUAAAAGUAAUAGAAAUGUGAAUAACAUUAACCUGUGUAAGACUUACUUUGAAAUUAGCUUUUAUUGGUGAAUACUUCAGUAUUUUUUUCUGUAAAGAUGUCYGCUAUCAAUGUAAUAUUUAUUAAAACGGCUCACAUUCUUAUUAAGGAAAUCUUUGUCACUUUUUCUCUGGACUGUGGUUGAUUUCUAAGUCAGCUCUUGUGAUUGAAAACUUGCAGUAAUGAGUGCAUGACCUUGUGAUUGUUCUGACACUUUUUGUUAAUACAUUAUGUAUAAAAUAGAAUUUUAUGUGGUCAGAUGUUAUAAUAAAUUUGCAACAACUGUCGGCUUUUUA